UCAGCAUUCAGCAACCACACAACCAACCGGUAAACGAAAAAAUAUAAAAAUCCUCUAUUUAAAAAAAAAAUUAUCAACUUAUCUUGAUAAAUUUCAUACAUUUUUGUAUCCUAUUUUAUUUAUUUAAUUUUUAUUUUAUGUAUCAAAUUCCAAAGUUUCAUCCAAAGAAAAUGGCCAAACGGCGAAGAAAACUCCGUUCGCUUAUCGCUCAAAAAGCUGCAGAAUGCGAUGAAAAAACCUCAUCAAAGAUACCAAUCUUUAUAGGUUGUGUUUUACUAAUUGGUUUAAUUGUUGCUGUUUAUUUAAGUAAUAUUAGUACUUCGAUGAUAUGGAGUGAUUUUCUGACCACCUAUCGAAAUCAAUAUAACCUCAUUGUUCACGGUGAAAAGGACUAUUGUUUGCCUUCAAUUGACCGAGAGAAACUUUUCUCUGAAAUACGAAAGAAAGUAUUAAAUCAAGAAACUGCUCUGUCCGGAAUAGAGUUACAGCUGCGUAAUGAUAGUAAAUUUGUUGCUAUCGCAGUGACAGGAGCUUCCGGAGUCGGAAAGAGUCUCUUUGUCCAAGAAUUCAGAUCGAAUUAUCCUUGGCAAGAGAAUAUUCAAACAGAAUCUUGGUCAACCUACAACAUUGAAGACCAUAAAAAGCAAAUUGAAACUUUCACAAGACACUUUUCUGAAUGUGGAAGGAAUUUGAUUAUAAUUGAUAAUCUUGAACCAAAAGAUGUCGAUUUUAUUCAAGGAUACAAUCGAUUUCUUCAUGAAAAUGUUCUCAAGCAAGACUCUGUUAGUCUUGCAAUCGUUUAUGUAUUCAAUAUUGUAACAUACACAGACGAACAAAGAGCAAAUUACACUGACAAUCUUCAACUUUUGAUGCAAUUAGAAAAUGUUAGAAUAAUUGAAUUUCGAAAAUUCAAUUCGAAUGAUGUUAGUGAAUGUAUUCGACAUGAAGCUAGACAUUUAAAUCUAACUUUAGACGAUGGGGAUUUUGAUGAAAUUUCCAAAUUAAUUGACGCUAACCGAUCGGGUUGCAAAAAUGUUUAUUCCAAAGUACUGAUGUAUGGAAAGAGAAGGAAUUUGUAAUUUAAAAAAUUAUUUUGUAUAGAAUUUUUUUGUGAUUUAAAUAAAGACUGCUUCGCGUUGUUGCGGAGAAAACCUUGCCAAUUAA